GGAUAUACCCAUAAGGUCUUAACCUUACAGGCAGCCCGGCGCAACGCCAUCUUACGUGCAAACCAUGCCAUUGAGAUGGCUGACUAUACUCAAGAGCAGCUGGUAUUUCUCGACAAAUCAGCCGUGGAUGAGCGCACGGGUUCAAGAAAAUUUGGAUACUCACCGACCGGCACACGCGCGCUCCAGGAGAGGGUCUUUGGACAUUCAACACAGGACCUGCUACCAAUCGCUGACCGAUUCGCCGAAUUCAUCGAAGAGGACCUGCUACCAAUCGUUGGCCCAUUCCCUGGUCCAUUCCCUGGUCCAAACAGUGUCAUUGUUCUUGAUAAUUGUUGCAUUCAUUAUGAUCCAAGGGCUGCUGAACUUAAUGAAUCAACAUGGGUGCCGCAUUCUUUUCUUACCACCAUACUCACCCAACCUCAACCCAAUUGA